GAAUCCGGCAUCUGGCCACACUGGGCACUGGGUCCCACAGAUUUUUUUUCCACCAAAGUCUCGGGUCGUGGUCGCGCUAAUUGGACAUUUAAGAGCCCCAGCAAGGCAAAAGCCAAGCAGCAUUUGCUCCACUCUCGAUUUGCGCGUUUGUUUACUGGCGUCUGGUAUCUGCUAUAGCUAUAUCCGAUAUCUGGCCGAUCGGCGCGUACCGAUAACACUGAACGAAACCCGAAUCAGAAUCAGAAUCCGAAUCAGAAUAAUCUGAAUUCCCAACCGACCCUCUCUCUCUUGGCAUUUUUUCGCGUGCAUCCAUCUGCAGCAGUUGCAAAAAAAAAAAUUAAAAAUAAAAAUUAAAUAUAUAAAAAUAUUGUAAAGAAAGCGAAAAAUAAUAAAAAUAAAAGCGAAUAAUAACGAAGAGAGUGCAAAAAGAAAUAAUAAAAAAAAAAAGAAAAAAGUUUGAAGCUAAAAGGCCGCAAGUGACCAGAACACGAGGAAGCCAGACCAUCAUCGGAGGCCAGGAACACCAGGAGACAGUACAGUAGCAGGUACUCCAGCACUCCUGGAGCAGAAGCUGGUGCUGCCGGAAAGGAUAAAUACUCCAGCAGCAGUAGUUUGGAGCAAGAUCGUCGGGCAAGAUGUCUUCGCCGGCGGCUCAGAGCAACAGCACCAGCCAAUCCCAGUCGCAAUCGCAGUCCGGAGUCCAGCAGCAGCAGCAGCAGCAGAAUCAAAAGGCCAACAACUCCAACAACACGACACACGAGAACAAGAAUGCCGCCGGUACGACGGGGACGGCGGCAUCAGCGGGUUCUGGAUCUGGUACAGGAUCUGGUACAGGCGGAGCGACAGCAUCCGGUACUGGAGGUGCCGGUGGCUCGGGUACAUCCUCGAGCGGACCACAGAGCCCCACCAAACGGAGCACAAUAUCGACAAAGGAGCGUGUGAUCGACAGUGUCCCAUUUCCGCCUAGCCGGAAACUGACCUGCGCGGAUGUGUUCGAUGCCAGGACUGGGAAGCCCCAUCACGAUGUCCUCAAGCAGCACUUUAUAUUGGAGGGUAGGAUCGAGGAGAGCGCCGCCCUGCGCAUCAUCCAGGAGGGCGCCACCCUGCUCCGCCAGGAGAAGACCAUGAUCGAUAUUGAGGCGCCGGUGACGGUGUGCGGCGACAUCCAUGGCCAGUUCUAUGAUCUGAUGAAGCUGUUCGAGAUCGGCGGAUCGCCGGCCACCACCAAGUAUCUCUUCCUCGGCGACUAUGUGGACCGGGGAUACUUCAGCAUCGAGUGCGUGCUGUAUCUGUGGUCGCUGAAGAUCAGCUAUCCGCAGACGCUGUUCCUGCUGCGCGGCAACCACGAGUGCCGGCACCUGACCGAGUACUUCACCUUCAAGCAGGAGUGCAAGAUCAAGUACUCGGAGCGCGUCUAUGACGCGUGCAUGGACGCGUUCGACUGCCUGCCGCUGGCGGCGCUGAUGAACCAGCAGUUCCUCUGCGUGCACGGCGGCCUCUCGCCGGAGAUCCACGAGCUGGAGGACAUCAGGCGGCUGGAUAGGUUCAAGGAGCCGCCGGCCUUCGGGCCCAUGUGCGACCUGCUGUGGUCCGAUCCGCUGGAGGACUUUGGCAACGAGAAGAACUCGGACUUCUACACGCACAACUCGGUGCGCGGGUGCUCGUACUUCUACAGCUACGCCGCCUGCUGCGACUUCCUGCAGAACAACAACCUGCUGUCGAUCAUCCGGGCGCACGAGGCGCAGGACGCCGGCUACCGCAUGUACCGGAAGAGCCAGACCACCGGCUUCCCCUCGCUGAUCACCAUCUUCUCGGCGCCCAACUAUCUCGACGUGUACAACAACAAGGCGGCGGUGCUCAAGUACGAGAACAACGUGAUGAACAUCCGGCAGUUCAACUGCUCGCCCCACCCCUACUGGCUGCCCAACUUCAUGGACGUGUUCACCUGGUCGCUGCCGUUCGUCGGCGAGAAGGUCACCGAGAUGCUGGUCAACGUCCUGAACAUCUGCUCCGACGACGAGCUCAUGACCGAGGAGAGCGAGGAGCCGCUGUCCGACGACGAGGCGGCGCUGCGCAAGGAGGUCAUCCGGAACAAGAUCCGGGCCAUCGGCAAGAUGGCGCGCGUCUUCUCCGUGCUCCGCGAGGAGUCCGAGUCGGUCCUGCAGCUGAAGGGCCUGACGCCGACGGGCGCCCUGCCCCUCGGCGCCCUCUCCGGCGGCAAGCAGUCAUUGAAGAACGCGAUGCAGGGCUUCUCGCCCAACCACAAGAUCACCUCCUUUGCGGAGGCCAAGGGCCUGGAUGCGGUCAACGAGCGGAUGCCGCCACGUCGGGAUGCCACGCCCUCGCCGGCGGAGGAGGGCCAGAAGUCACUGUCAGCGGCGGCAGCAGCAGCGGCCAACGCAAAUGCGAAUGCAAUCAAUGGAUAAUUCUAAGUCAGGAAGGAGCAGGAAGGAAGGAUACAGAGCUGGAUGUGCAGCUGCUAAUGGAGCGUAGUUUGAAUCGGAUCAGGAGGCUGGAGUUGAAGGAGGAGGAGGAGGAGAAGGAGGAGCAGGAGGCAGAGGCGGAUGGCCGGAGGAUCUGGAGGAUCGGAGGAGCAGCAGCUAAGUCAGUUAGUAGUCAACAGUGGGAGGGAGACACCAAACAGUUCAGAACAGUCUUAAAAAUAGAAGCAGUCUCAAGCUCGGCUCAAAAAAGAGGAAGAAAUUUAAACACACACAGAGACACAGGACGCAGGACACAGGAUAUAGCCUGUUUCCACUGACCAUCGAUCGAUUGAGGGCCAGUGGGAAGAGGAUAUCCACUUAAAACGAAAGCAAGGAUAACAGGCACGUAGCCCGUGGAUGGAAAACCAAGUUUAUAAAUCAUUUAAAACUAGAUUUACAUUUUAAGGACAUUUGUUACGGGCUACUGUCCUGGAAGGAUAAGAAAAAAAGAGCAGAGACACCACACACACACACACACACAAACACACACAAGAGAAACAAAGAAGAGCAAGAAUAACAAUAAAAUGAAGAUGAAGAAGCCCAGAGAGCGGAGAGAAGCUAUAAAGUUGGAUGAAUUAUAUAUAUAACAGAUAUAUAUUAAAAUUUUGUGCAACGUUAUAUCAAAAGAGCAAAUGUAAAAGCUAAGCAAACAUGUUUAAAUUCGCGCGCGCUUUUUUUUGGUAAGCAGGGCGAAGCGAAGAAGCAAGCAGUUAUGUCGGCAAGCAGUGCACCCGAAAGCUGCGCAUGCGCCUGCGCGCAUUUCCAAAUCCAAAAUAAAAAAAAUAAAUAAAAACUAAAACUAAAGAAUAUGAAUAAAGCAAAUUAGGUAAUUUAAAUUAUUUGCUAACAAAUUGCAAAACGAAACAAAAUCGAAACAAGAAUUAAAACUCUCAUCUCUGUAAAGUCAAACCAAAACGAAAUGACAAAAAAAAGCUAACCUAAAAAUCUCUAAUAAUAAAAACAAACUCUACUACUUUCGUUGUGUGGCGUCUGCGGCGACUUCUAUACAAAAACAAACAAAAAACUGAAAACUAAAAACUAAAAACUAAAAAAACCAAAUAAAAAUAAAGAAGAAUGAAGGCUAGAGAGCAAAAUAGAUGAAGAGAACAAACAACUUCCUACAACAACAGCAGCAACAAUAUUUUACUACAAUAUUUUAAUACAAGAACAAGAAACGACUGAAUCUCUCUCUCUCUCUCUCUCUUUCUAUCUAUGUAUCUAUCUAACUAUCCGACUCUUUCUCUCACACACAAAAACACACAGAAAACACCAACACUUACAUAACACACUUACAAGAACAAGAAAACAACAAAGCGGAGGGAUAUCGAUCAACUCAAAGUUGAUGCGAGCCAGCCGCGAGUAUCGUUUAAAUCGGUAAUCGUUUAUCGUUUAUCGUCGCCAUUGUCGCCUCACACUCUCUCAUCUGGUGAUUGUGUAUGUGGUCUUUAUAUACGUGCCAUCUUUGUCGUAGUCAUUAGCUGAAUAUAUAAUUAAUAUAUUUGCAUGUGCUGCAGCGAUGCAGGUUGCAAGUGAUGUGCCACACCUACCCUACUCUAUCCUUUUCUCUCUCUCUCUUUCUUCUCUCUUUGUGUAAUUUGUAUGUAUCGAUAUGUAAUCGAAUCUCAUGGCGCGUUUUUCGUUCUAUCUCUAGAUCCUCUUCCAUCUCUAGAUAAUCCCCCCCAACCGAUAAAUAACUGUUUCCUGGCAUUUGCGCCUGCGUCGUGGACGUGUGUGAAUAUCCUUUUUAUACUUAAUCGAAUUUUAGUUACUUGUUAUAAAGUGGAUAACGAUGGGGAUAACGGAGAACGUAGUAAAAAAACAAAAUGGAAAAUGGAUAAAUAAAUAUUUAAAUAAAAAGGAAUGGAUUAAGAAAAGAACAGAAGCCUAACUGAAAAUGUAAUAAACAAAAAGAAAAAAACAUCUGCAAAUGGGAAUUUUGUUAUUACAUACAUUUUUUUUAAAUAUAUAUAUUUCUUGUUAUCUUUUUUAUAAUUUCUAUUUAUUGUAAACUAUUUAUAUAUAUACAACCACACCAACACAAUCACACACACACCCACACACACACACAUAAUAUAAAUACAUAAAAUAUAUAUAUAUUUAUAAACUAAAUUGUUGUUUCUACUUCAUUAUGCUUAUGUUUUUAUAACUCUAUAUAUAUAUACAUAUAUAUUGUAUAUUUAUAUUGUUUACUACACUUUUUUCUAUAAGCAUUAAGUAAUUUAAUUAAAUGAAUUUAAUAAAGAAGAAAAAAAAAAAACAUUUAAACAAAAACUAAAAAAAUAAUGGCGCGCGAUCAGGGCGUGCAGAAGUUUUCUUAAACAAAAAUAAUUAUAUUCUACAAUAAGAUGUAAGGGAAAAAAAUCAUUAACAAAACAAAAGAAACCGAACUAUGUGAAUUAACUAUUAAGUUUAAAUUAUACAACAAAAAACAAAAAAAAAAUGAUGAAAUUCAACCAAAUAACGUUUACAACCAUUUAAAAAACAAAA